AUGGCGUCCAAUGGCCACCACCGACAUGGGCCCUCAAGUAGCAUGUUCGCCCAAACCACUGAAGCUAUUCCGCUUCCCUCCCGUUUUGCACGGAUCAAACGGGGCUUGAUUUCUGGCAAGGAAGACCAGAUCAAAGCCUCAUGGACGAGACUGCUGGUCAAGCUGAAGACAGAAAUCGACAUUGUUACCAAUAAGGGCCCUGACAUUUUCCCAUCAAUCGAGUUUGACCAUCUCAAGAAGGACUCGGAAGCCGCCGAAUUUUCAUCACAACUCAAAGAACGGGGCGUUGCUGUCAUACGGGGUGUUAUCCCUCAUGAUGUAGCUGCCCAGUGGAAGACAGAAACGGAUCAAUACUUGAAGGAGGACCCCCGAGCACAGCGUCUUCCCACGCAUGAUCCGCAUCUCUACGGGAUAUAUUGGUCCCCUGCACAGAUCAAGGCUCGAGGCCAUGAGAACGUGCUCUAUGCCCAGCGUUUCCUCAUGAACCUAUGGCGAUCAUCCGACCCGGCAGCACUUGUCAGUCCCAACUUUCCUGUCAGCUAUGCCGAUCGCAUGAGAAUCAGACACCCCGAGGAUGAAACUUGCUCCCUGAGCGUCUAUGUCGACGGCGGGAGCGUGGAGCGCUGGGAGUCCGACGGCUACGGCUCGGCCGGAACAUAUCAGCGCAUCUGGGAUGGCAAGUGGGAGGAGUGGGAUCCAUGGGAGAGCAGCACUCGCCUCAAGGUGACGAGCGAUCUGUACAACGGCGAUGGCUCAUGUAGCUUGUUCCGCAUGUUCCAGGGCUGGAUAUCACUAAGUGACCUCCCUGUUGGCGAAGGCACCCUCCUCUUGUGUCCCAUGAUACGGCUCACAACUGCAUAUCUCCUACUCCGGCCAUUCUUUGUUCCCAAUGAGUCCUCGCCAACACACCCAAGCUUCCUUUCCCCAGACAACUGGACUCUCGAACAACCCCCCUCGUCUGUCAUCCAAGGCGCCCUCCCCUCAUACCCCCAAGAGCUCAACGAAGCGCUCCACCCUCACCUCCAACUCAACCGUAGCAUGAUCCCAAUACCCAAGCUCGCCCCGGGCGACUAUCUUGUCUGGCAUUGCGAUGCUGUUUAUGCCCUAGACCGCCGAUGUCGCCCAGAUCUACCCACGACGGCGAUUCUCUAUCUCCCCGCCUGCCCACUGACCCAGACAAACGCGCUCUACCUCGUCCGUCAGCGCAAGGCACUGCUUCACGGCGAAUCUGGUCCCGACUUUGGUGGUGCUCCCGCGGGUGAUCUACCCUUGGAAGCAGAGGAGGCGGUGCAAAAGGUCGGCGAAGCCGGAGGUGCCGACGGGAUGCGUGCCAUGGGCCUGUUGCCAUGGGACGAGGAUGAUGCUCAGGACGAUUGCGAGUUUUCAGUCUUGGAAAUGGCAAAUGGUAUUUUGUUUCCAGAAAAGUAUGACAUGGAUUAUUAA